UAAAAACCAGAAUGCACCGUACAUGUGGGCAUAAGCAGAUGCUGCGCUUUUCCGAAACUUGCCAUGCAAAAGGGUAGCCCGACAAGUUGAGGUAAAUAACAAUUAUAUAAGCCCAGCUAAAGCCCUUUACUUACACAACCGGGCAUAUAUGCGAUACUGCAAGUUUUUUCUUUGACCAUGGCGGCGCUCUCAUUUGCUUCUACACUCUCUCACUCUUCCUAUAUCGAUUCCCCGCAGCCUGCUUUUUCUGAGACCCAUUCUUUUUCCAAACGGGUGCAAAAUGCCACCAGAUUCUCUCAAUUUGCUCUCACUUGCUCGUCAUGUGGUUUGGCAUUAGUAAAUAAUCCGGGCUUGACGAGAUCUUCAAGGGCUCAGAGCAACUGGACUCUCUGUAAUCGAUACCUCUUUUCAUCUAAUGAUCGACAAGUUAUCGCGUUCUCAACUCCAAUAGCAGUAAGCGAGGGACAGGUAGAGGUAGCAGAUACAGAGGAUGCGGGGGCGAAAUUAGAUUUCACUGGAGGUGACGGUGAGGGAGGAGGAGGAGAUAAAUUUGGCGGCGGAGGAGGCGGAGGAGGAGGAGGAGGAGGAGGAGGAGGAGGAGGAGAGGGAGGAGAAGGAGAAGGAGGAGGAAAAGAAGAACGUAGACAGAUGGCUUUGUCUAUGUCUCAAAAACUUACUCUUGGCUAUGCUUGCUUGGUUGGAGGUAUCAAGAUGGCGACUCCCAAGCUCAAAAGAUCUACAAGUCGGUAGGUUCUCAUCAAGGACGAUCAAGCAAGGACAAGGGCGACCUCCUCCAGCCUAGCAUCAACAAGGACGGCCUUCUUUGGACUAACGUCAUCAAGGGCGACUUCUCCAAUCCAGUAUUCCAAGGCGAGGUACAUCAAUCAUCCUGCACAUCAAGGACACAAGAAGUUAGAACAAGGGUUCGUUGAAGAAGCAGAUAGUUCCAGAUGAAUUUAUUAAAGCUAGCUUCUCAACAACAUCAAGUUGAAUAUCUACCAAGUUACAAGUGUCAGACGAGGUGGCAUCCUAGUCAUCACUUCUCCAGUCAGUGUGGUCCACCUCAGCAUUUCCAGAUUCAAUGUACCUAACUCAUGGAAGGUGGCACAAACUCCGAUGUACCUACCCCAGCUAUCCAUUGGUGGAAUUUUCUAGAGAGGACAUGUGUCCAAGCAAUACAAUUUUAUCAUUGGUCAAGCAUUAAAUGUUAUGUAAUGGUUGUAACAAACCCUAAUUAGGGUUUUCAUUGUUGAAUCUUGGCCAUUGAUCUCGAAUUGAUCUAAGCCAUCAAAUUGUAUUGAGGGCACUAUAUAAGCCCUGGCAUUUCAUUUUGUAAAGGAGUUAGAAUAUAGUUGGAAGCAAUUAGAAGACAGAUAGAGAGUAGUUAGAAGGUGAUUAGCUAGUUGAUAGAAUAGCAAUUAGAGUAGAGUAGAGAGAGAAGGCAAAGAUUGUUGCCAAGAUGUUGUUGUAAAAGACUUGUAACUUCAUUGAAGAAAUGGUGAAAUUUAUGGGUCGAUUUGACAA